GUCUCUCAAGGUAGGAAUGGCUGGUUGGGGUUGUGAGCUGUUCUCUUUCACUUUUCGAAUCCGCUGCCAUCCGGGCUCUUAGGGCCGCGAGCCGAUGGCGGAUAAAAAUACCCAGAAGGACCAAAAGGAAAAAAAGGUCAAAAAGGAAAGAAAGGAAAGGAAGAACAAAAAGGAAGAUGUGGCUGAAAAGGUGGUGAAAAAGCCUCGAAAGCAUUGCAGCCGCAACCCAGUUCUGGCUAGAGGAAUUGGCAGGUACUCCAGGUCUGCUAUGUAUUCCCGUCGAGCCAUGUACAAGCGGAAAUAUGCUGCCCCAAAAACCCGAAUUGAAAGGAAAAAGAAAGAGAAGGUACCUGCUACUAUCUCAAAGCCAGUUGGUGGUGAUAAGAAUGGAGGAAACCGUGUGAUAAAGAUUCGGAAAAUGCCUAGGUAUUAUCCUACUGAGGAUGUGCCUAGAAAGUUGCUAAGUCACGGGAAAAAGCCCUUCAGCCAGCAUGUAAGGAGACUCCGGUCUAGCAUUACCCCAGGAACAGUUCUGAUCAUGCUCACCGGCCGCCACAGGGGCAAGCGAGUGGUUUUCCUGAAGCAGCUGGCAAGUGGCUUGCUACUGGUCACUGGACCUUUGACCAUUAACCGUGUUCCUCUGCGAAGGACCCAUCAGAAAUUUGUCAUUGCCACCUCUACCAAGGUUAACCUUUCUGGUGUGAAAAUUCCAAAUCAUCUUACUGAUGCUUACUUUAAGAAGAAGAGGCUGCGUAAGCCUAAACACCAAGAAGGAGAGAUUUUUGACACGGAAAAAGAGAAAUAUGAGAUUACAGAGCAGCGUAAGGCUGAUCAGAAAGCAGUGGACUCUCAGAUCCUGCCCAAGAUCAAGAAAAUUCCUCAGCUCCGGGGCUACCUGCGUUCUGUAUUCUCUCUCUCUAAUGGAGUUUUCCCUCACAAACUGGUGUUUUAAAUGCCUUGCAAAUAUUAAAAUAUUUGGAAUAGCUA